AUGUUCUUCAUCCAUGCCGGCAGUCCUCCAUACUACCGUAAUCCAGCCGCGCAGCCCCUUUUUCGUGACCGAAAGGUCUUUUUUCAUCUUAUAAUUUAUAUAGUUGAAUUUUAAGAGAAAAAUGGUUUUAAAAAAUUUAAAAAGUUCGAAAAAUCGAUUUUAUCCGGGAAAAAUCGAAUCGAAAAAAAGGGAAACUAAAAAAAUGGUUCAAGGUACCCGAAAAAAUUAAACUAAAAGCCUUGUACUUGAAUUCUAGAGUGGUCCCUCUAGGAGUUUAGAGUCUGACCCUUUAGCAUCUAAAGUCUAAGUGGUACCUAUAGGGGUCUUUCAUCUUUAUUUAAAAAAACGCUCAUUUAUUUAAUUUCUCGCAUGGAAAUACUUCUUAUCAUAGAGCGAUUUUAUUUGAACAUUUUUUUAAUAAAUUUUUCAAGGCUUGAUUCUUUUGUGAUCACCUUAUCAGUGAAGCAAUGAAAUCUAAAGAGAAAAAAAAUGGUCUUUUUUCAAGCCCUUGAAGAGCUUUUGUUAUGUUAUUUUUCGCUUUGAAAGACUUUUUCCUGGCUUCAGAUUUCUUUCUGUUGUCAUCAUUCAAUUGAUACAUGUCUUCAGGUGCUUCUGACAGCGGCGUUAACCUUGCCGCCGGACAGCUUCUUCUGCAUUCUGCUGUACCUCGUCUAUCCGGACUCCCUGAUCCCGUCGAUCCUCUUCGUCGUGAAUUUCGCUCUCGUCGUCGGCGCUCUCGUCGGAAUCAAUGGCAAUCUGCCGGCUCUCGUCAUCCCCGUCCUCAUUUGGAAGGUUUUUCAGGGGAAAAAAAAAAUGACAGUUUGAAAAUGGACUUGUAUCUUCCGUAUUGAUCGGGCAUGAGAUUUGGUCAUUUUUUUCUUUUUUUCCCAGAGUUGCAAGAUUUGUGGAUUUUUUCCCCCGGAAAAAAGGUUCAAAAGUUCUUAUAACUUCAUUUUAUUGCCUGACCACCUUGAUUAGUCAAUUUCGACAGUUUUUUCCCGAUUGGGAAGGUUUUUGGAUAGUUUUUUUGAACGAAAAAUUUAUAUUCACUCACAUUUUCUAAUUGAAUGCUCUUUUUUCUCUGGCUCCGCACUUUUUCUCAAUUUAUACAAAAAUAGAAAAAUUGAUUUAUAACAUAAUAAGAAAAGUCGGAAAAGGUGGAAAAGGCUCCAUAGAAAUGUUACUUGGAUGGUGACGAAAGGUCCUGUUUUGCUGCCUUUUUGCGCCAUUCCAUCGGCUUUUUUGCACCAUUUUUGCUUUUUUUUUUUCCCUUUUCUAUCAUUUCUUGAGCCUUCAAAAUCCCAGAAAAAAUUUUAGGCUCGAUAGAGGGAUUUGUUUUGCUCCCUUUUUGCGGCCGUUUUGCAGCCUUUUUUCUGCCUUUUUGCGACAUUUUUUGAGCCUCUUCCUUUUAGCGGCCAUUACCCACCAUUCCGACUUUGUCCGAAGAUUGAUUCAUUGCUCACUCGAAAUGGUCAAUUUUAUCUACUUUAUCUCUUGCUUAAAAAUUUUUCAGGGGAAAUUUUAAGAAAUUUUAAGAAAUUUCAAAAUUGACUUUUACACUUUUCAUUGAUUACCCACUCAAUGUGGUCAAAUUUGUCACCAAUUUCUCCUCUUCGCCUUACUUUCUUGCCUGUGAUCGUAGAAAAAAACGAGUUUCUCUUGUUAUUUUCUCUAGACAUGACGUUGUUGAUCGACCACUUUUGAAUUGAGAAAAAACGGCGUCACUUGAUUUGAACUUGUCCGGAGACGUUGAAUAUUGAUAAAUUGCUUUGGGAGGCCAAUUUUUGAACUAGAGUGAGGUGGAAUAGAAGUUCUACCUGAAAUUAGAAGGGAGAUUCGAGUCAAGGGGGUUUUUUAUAUGCUUUUUGUGAUGCAAAAUUUGAAAAAAAAAAUUUGUUUCUGUGUCAUUUUUAUAUCAAGCGCAUAAGGUUUUUGAAAAACAAGUUUUCAUUUUUCCCCUCUUGAAAAAAUCCUUUGAGUGCCCUUAAGUGUUCACUUCAUUUCUUAUUUUAGACCCCUUUUGUUCCCUAUUUUUACCAUUUUAGUCCAAUUUAGUUCCUAUUUUUUUCCGAGAGCCUUUUAAAUCUCUAUGAAAACGAAAGUAAGAAUUUGGACAUUUUUGAAAUUUCCAAGCCAAAAAAGACCCUUCCAAGAAAAAUGUUCGAAAGUGAAUUUUUUGGCUAAGGACUCAUGCUACUCUGAAUUUAGGGUAUUUUACAAUUUUUUUGUUUUUAUCAUGCUUCUAGCAUCACUUUUUGAGAACCUAGUUACCUUCGAAGGUUUCGAAAAAAUUCUUACAUAGCGUUCAAAAAAACAAAACAGAAAUCCAAAGUUCGCAGUACAAAACGGUAGUUCAAUUAGUGGUUAAAUAUUCACAAAAAUCGAUUAAUUCCAAAAAUUUUAGUUCAUGGACUCCUUCCGUAACUCUUUUCAAGGUAAAAAAUCGAAAAAUCAAAGAAACACCGAGUGAAAAUGAAGAACAUUGACGUUGAAAGUACUUGAGAGGUCAAGUCAAACCAGUUGCGUGGAUUUGAUUGUUGUUUUUUUUUUUUUGAGGUAUUUUGUAGUCUUGAUGGUGAUUUAACUAUUCUUUGGACUGUUAGAAGUCAGAAAAAAUCAAAAAAUUUCACAAAUUUGAAAGUUGAAAGCAUAGAUGAGCAAGUACAGAACUCAUUCAGCCCGGAAGAAGGGGUUAGAUUACACAGGCAAAGUCCAAACCACCUUAUAAAUGAGAUUAUAAAGCUCCUUUUUUAGUUCCUAAACAGGUGUCAAAAGUUUCUCGGAAUCUCCUUUUUUUCAUCUUUUUUUCCGCCUUAUUUCUUUAGAACUUUUUAAAAGGUCCUUUUCAGAAAAAGGUCUAGAAAACAUCUUUGACCGUCCCAGUCAGCUCAGAGGAAAUGGUUUUAAAUUAAUAAAAACGAAACCUUCACUGGUUUUCUUCAAUUUCUUAUCACAUCGCAUUACUAAUGUUUGGAAUGACAUUGAACAUGAAUUAUUGGCAGAGGAAGACAAGAAAAAAUUUAAGGACUUGUUUUUAGUGUAUGCAGAAAAUGUGGGCGUCGAGCAUAUUCUUUCAAGUGUUCACAGAUUUGUUCCAUGAUCAACUUGGUUUUAAAUAUCUACUUAUUAUGGUUCUAUGUUUCUUUCUUACACAAAAAACUUUUUUUUUUUCUUCACAGGUGGGGUUAGUUAAUCCACCUAGUGGUCUUUUUCCCUCCCUGCAACAUCACCAUACCAUCCCGAUGUUGCGAAAAAUAAACAAAUUGAAUUGAAUUGAAAAAAGGCGCAUUUGAGGCCUUUUUUCCAGAAGUCCUUUUUGAGACCUUUUGGACUUUGCCCGUGUAAAAAUUUUCGAAAGUUAGGAAAAAAAAAUCAAGUUUGAAUCGCAGGAGGGUAGUUUUGGCCACAAUCAUAUAAGUUUGUGCCUCAAAAAGGUGGUAUCAUGUUUAAUUUAGGAAAACUUGGGAGGAGGGGUCGGCCGUCUCAAAAAAUGGGCUGCCCAAGUAUGGUUGAAUUUAAAAAAAAAUGAAAAAGUUUGGAAAAAAAAAAUUUUUUUUCAGUGUAUACUUUUACUAUUCAUGAUGUUCGUCGGCUGUAUUACGGUGGACGAUUAUCAGCAAAUGCCGCCAAGGAUUCGACAUGGCGAAUAUAGCACGGUUGGUGCAGAAUUAAUUGUGAAAGCACGUCGUUUUGAUUUCCCCGUACUUUACUGCAACAAGAAACUUUUUAAAAGAUCGUUUUCAUGACGAGAGCUGGUUCUUGCGUCGUUUUAUCUUCAUAAUUUGCAUAUUUUUACCCUGUUUCUCUGUUUUAAAAAAACUUGGCAUGGGGGGGGGGGCUAAUCUCGGUAUUGACUGAAUCAAGAAAACUAGACGGCUUCAUAUUUUACUGGAGCCGAUUUAUUCGUAGUGUUUUCAGUUAUUUUCAGUGGCCCUAAUUAUUUCACUUUUAGGCGUUUUUCUUAAAACAAUUCUCGGUUUUACGUGAACUUUAUCAGCUUCCAACUUUUCCAAAAAUCAAUAAUAGAUUGAGGCCUUCUUCAUUUUCACAGGCAAAGUCCAAAAGGUCUUGAAAGAAGAGCCUGAAGCUUCUUUUUGAGUUACUGAUUGGGGUUCAAAAUUUUCUCAGAAUCUCCUUUUUCCACCUUUUUUCCGCCUUAUUUUUUUAAACCUCCUUAAAAGAUCCUUUCAGAAAAAUUUUUAGGAAAAAAGACGCCUUUAAAACCUUUUAAAGGCUUUUUGGACUUUGCCCGUGUUACAAGAUUCUCUGUAGAAAACCAUACAAAAUUGUUAAGACGUUGAAAUUGAUAAAUUACGUACACGGGCAAAGUCCAAGAGGUCUCAAAAAUGACUUUUGGAAAAGGCCUGUAAAGGUCUCAAAUGCGCCUUUUUUCCUAGACUUUUUUCUAAAAAAAGACCUUUUAAGGAGGACUAGAAUAUUAAGGCGGAAAAAGGUGGAUAAAAGGAGAUUCCAAGAAACUUUUGACACCUUUUUUUAAACUUAAAAAGGAGUUUUAGCCUCUUCUUUUAAAGCCUUUUAAGGUCGUUUGGACUCUAGCUAUGUAAAAGCUUGAAGAUUUUUUUGUCAUUUUCUACUCCUUUUGGCCUUUGGAAGUACCAAAAGUCCUUGAGAACUGAAAAACUUCUCAAAAUGAAUUUCUGCAGACCUCAAGAGGGACGUUGAUUUUCAAAGAUCUGGCCGAACAAUACCCGACUCUCCCGUUUGCCGCCGUCAUUUGCACUUUAGUGCUCGCCAUUGAAGCUAGGUUUAUUUUUGCUAGAUGAAAUUGAAGAUGAAAAUGAACUGAAUUCAGGAUAUUCUUCUUCUCUUGGCAGAAGAUGUGUAUAGCGAACUCUGCGAACCGAAGUGACCCCCCGAGGCGUUUUGAGAAGGUAUCCCUUAAGUAAAAAUAAUAUUUUGAGACAUAAGUGAUAGUGAUUGAUCUCGGUACAUUAAUUUUUGCGUAAGAAUUGAAAAGUUUUGAUUGAAUAUUCGAAAAAAAAACCAGAAAAAGAAGGGGAAAAUGGAGCAAUCGAUAAAAAACUUUCGUUCUUAUAUUCAUUUAUAUUUUCUUCACUAUUCCACCAAAGGCAGGUGCUUACAGGAUAGUGAAUUUUGUGCUGGGAACAUAAAAAAUUCAAAUUUGAGAAAAAUGAGAAUUUUAAGGUGAUUCCUUUGUUCACACUUACGUUACAUUUUUGAACAAAAUUUAACUUUUUUUUUCAAACCUAAUUUUGACAAUUUUCUGAGAAAAUAGGGACUUUAGUGAUGAGAAACUACUAUAGUUUAUCGAAAUUUUGAAGGUCAGGUCAUUUCUCAAGCUCCGCCUCUAAUUACGCAAUAAACCAAUCAAAGAGCCAUCCACAGAUCGUUUUUGAAUGACGUCAUUCUAUUUGACAUUCAAAAUUUGAACAGACUUUCUUAGGAACGCCAGAGUGGUCUGUAUAGAAGCAAUCUUAGGGCUCUUGAAUUUUCUCCUCUAGAGUCCAAUUUACGUCCCCUAUAGGGGCCACUUAAACUUUCAUUAAUGGCCUUUCAAAAGGUCGUUUAUUGUUAUGAACUUUAUGAGAAGAAAUAUAUUCCUGCGAAUAAAGUAGACGUCAAAAGAAAGCUAGGGGGUCAGACUUUCAACCCCUAUAGGGACAACUCUGCCUUUCUUAAUUAGACACUUUUGUCUUCGUUUUUCCAUUUUGGCGAAAGAUCUUCAAUUAAUCUCCAACUUCAGCAAGAGCCGCCCUCGUACACGUCUUGCGUGGCGCCGACCGGAGCCGACGGAGAGCCGCCGUCCUACGAGGACGCGUUGCGGUUCGCGCAGCGGCCCUCGACGUCAUCAGCCACCCAACCGACCAUCGCCGCUCCCAUCCACGGCCAAGUUCGCAUCCACGUCGAGGCACCUCCCGAGAAACCCGAAAAGACUAUUGAUGGUCCCUUCCCUAUCAUGAUCCCAAUAAAAUAUAAAAUAUUUCCAGUUUGA